GGGCGGGAGGGAGAAGACGGGAGGAGAAGGCGGUGGUUGCUGCGGGCGGGCGGGCGGCCGCCAUGUUGUCCCGGCUGCUGAAGGACCACCAGGCCAAGCAGGGCGAGCGCAAGGAGCUCCAAGAGAAAAGAAGGAGGGAGGCGGUUGCAGCCGCCACGUGUCUCAUCGAAGCGCUGGUGGAUCAUCUGAAUGUUGGAGUGGCCCAGGCCUACGUGAACCAGCGGAAACUGGAUAACGAAGUGAAGACGUUACAGAUCCAGGCGGCAUACUUUGCCAAACAGACGCAGCAGUGGCUCGGGAUGGUGGAGAACUUCAACCAGGCCCUCAAGGAAAUCGGUGACGUGGAGAAUUGGGCACGGAGCAUCGAGAUGGACAUGAGGACAAUCGCCACAGCCCUGGAAUACGUGUACAAGGGGCAGCUGCAGUCCACCACGUGAGGACACGAUUCCCCAACAGGGACCUGACCGGGAGUGAGGAAGGCUCGACGUCCCCGACUGACAGACGCGGAGCCCGGCUUCCCGCUGGGAAUGUUGCUCUUAAAAGCAGCGAUUCAUCGUGUCCUCUUUUUUGGGGGGGAAAAAAAUCCAGUAUCAUUUGCUCUAUGUUUCUCCCCCCAAUUGCCCCCCCACCCCCACCCCUCCCCUCUUAACCCCGUGUGAGGGGAGUGGGGGCGGGGGGUGGUGGUUGUUAAAACGUCUUUUGUCACUUCCCCAUGUUUUGAUGGCUGUUGUGUUUUUCCCACUGGUUUUCUCUCCCCCCC